CGUUUUCCGUUUUGAUUCAAACAAUCUCACUUUAAUUUCAAUUCCAGCAAAAUGUUCCUGUCACCGGCCGCAAAGCCCCGGCGGCGCCAGACCCUAGAGCGCUCAAAGACUGCCACGUUGCCUGUCGCAGCCUCUGUUGAGCCGAAAGUCGGGAGGCAGUCAUUUGCAGCAGCAAAAAACCAGCUCAAGAAGCUUAAGCAGCAGCAGGCCUAUGGAGACCACAGCAUUGGGCAGAAGCGGCACACAGCAUCAGGAGCUCUAGAUUAUAGCAGCGCGACACAGAACGCGACACCGUUCGACCCGCCAGCCAGCAAAAGGCAAGCAGUAGGAAGCAAGGUACAGCGGCCGGUCUGGGUCUCAUCGGUUUCUAAACGUGCAUCGCAGGCAGAGGCCCGGAUGUCGGAUGAUGAGCAAAUGGACGCGCCAUCGUGGGAGUUUACCGACGGGACGCAGGACAUGGAUACCACAGGCGCUGACUCUGGGUCUACUCUGCUGUCGCCAUAUGGCGAGCCAGUCGGAUAUGCGCAGUUGGCCGCGGCUGGGUCGCUGGAUGACGCGCUGGAGGCACCACCCGAUGUGUCACACGUUCUGAUGCAGGGAGAGAAGCAUGCGGUGUUUGAAGUAGCAGGGUUCCCUGAGGCUGUGCGCCAGCAUCUGGGUUCAAUCGACUUUGCGAGUGUGCCUGUAAGCUCGGGCGUGAGUGAUGAGGCAAAGUUUGCUUAUGUGGCCACACCGACAGUGUGUCUGGUAUGGUCGUACGCUGGCAGUGGCCGUGCUGUCAACAACGUCUACCAAUUGGCAAUGCCUGACCCGAGCAGCGCGACAAUAUUUGAGUCCCCGAUCAUCUCCCUGGUGCCAUCGAGCGCGCAGCAAGGGGACGUUGGCGUUAUUGCAUGCACAGCCACUGGACAGCUUCGGUACUGGGACCACAUUGUAUUUGGGCUGGGCGGCACCGAGCGCUUUCACAGCAAGGACCUGGGCCUGACCGACAUCAAUGACCAGUGCAGCGAAAUCCUCGACGUGUACCCUGGCCUCCAUGUGGUUUCGACCAAAAAGGGCUUCAUGUACCAGGUCACUCUUCAGAACUCGCAGGGUCUGACCGAGCUCGGUGCGCGGCUGCUGAGUAAGAGUACAGGGGCGCGUGCCGGUAUGCUCAGCCGCAUGUCGUCUCUGCUCGGUGGCUCUUCGUUUGACGCACCAGUCGCUGGAUCGGGCGAUUCGCUGGUAGGACUGGCAGCAGGCGGCCGCACAGAGAUCCGCCACUCGCGCGAGGUGUAUGCCCUGACGCACCAGAAGUUGCAGAAGUGGGUCGUCUCGCGUGCCUAUCCAGAAAAGUACAUAUACUCGAUGGACGUCUUGGAGGUGCUGAGCCGUGCAGCAGGCGGAUCAGAUCGGUGCUGAUGUUGAGGUCUCCUUGCUUGAUAUCGCGGUUACGCGCAAAGGCGAUGUGUGCAUCCUGGCUGGCCUGCACGCGCCUCGGCUGAUUGGCCAGACCCGUCUAGCAGUUGCCGUGCUCCGUAGCAGCCAUGGCUCCUCAGAGCCCGAGCUACUCUUGCUCCAGCCAUUGGAGUUUGGCACAGGCCGAGUCCCUCGAGCAGGAUGGCCCUGAGCGCCC